CAUCUUCGGAUAAUAUUCGUGGGAAAACUUCGUCUUUUUUCCGAUCUCACAAUUAAUGGAGUGUCCAAGCUUAUCUUCGUAAGAGUUUAAUAUUUUUGUUUUUGUCCAAAGGAAUGACAACUCUUAACUUUGAUGAAGAUGAAGCGAACUUGGAGAACUAUGCAGCGCCUCAAGAAGAAGCAGGUGUUGUGAAUGAUUCAGGUGUUUAUCAUGUAACACUAUCAGAUCCCCCAAGUUCUGCAAGCAAUGGUCAACCAUACACCGUUAUAACUGGGCACCCAUCGACAGUGGAACGACUCCUCACAGGCCUCAUGAAACAAACUCAAGAAAAUUCAGUUCUUCUACAGCAAGCAUUAGCUGAGUUGCAUGAACUGAAUCAACAAGUGCAAAACCAAAAGAAAUUUCCUUUUACUGUCAAGACAUGUGGAUUUGAGAGAGAACUAGUGUUAAAAGCAAAAGAAACAUUUGUUACAUAUGGUCCAUGGCUUGUCAAUGGUUCUUUGGACAAAUUAAAGGAAAAAAUUGAGGUUCUGUUGGGAGGAGCUGAUAGAGUUGAUGCCCACCAUGUGGCCAGUUGUGUAUCAUAUUGCAAAGAAAAAUAUACAUUAUGGAGAGCAGACAUAAGGAAGAAGGUUCUCAACAGAAAAUUGAAUCAUCUGAAAAUAGCUGAAUUCACAAAUAAAUUGUAUGCCCCCUUCAAAACCAAGGAGGAAGAGAUGAAAAAUGCAACAAAGACUGCCAUUCUGCUGCGCAAGUUUGCAAGUGAGACUGGUUACUUUGAUGAAACAUCAAAAUCAGACUUUUGGGACAAGUUUGUAAACUUUGCCAAUGAAUGGAACAAAAACAAAAUUCCAAACAAAUGGACAACACUGCAGACUGAAGAUGAAUCAAAAUACACAGAAACAAUGGAAACAUCUCAUUAACAAUUAAGGAAAAUUAA